AUGCGCUGUACAUGUACGAAUGUCCCCACAGGCCAGGCUGUGGAACGUCCCGUCUUUGAGCUGCAGGGCGCGCAGCCCAACAGGCAGGAGGGAUGGGUCGGCCGGUACGGGCCGCCUCCGCCCAUUCAGGACCCCCGCGGAUACCAGUACCCUCCGCCAGAAGAAGACCCGGGAUAUGCGGCCGAGAUGGCGGCCUACGAGCAGCGACAACAGCAGCAGGGCGGCCACCAACAUUGCGGGCAGCAACAGACAGGCUACCCCGUCCAAGGCGAAGCCGUGCUGGGCAUUCCAGUCGGGCAGGCUCCCCGACAGCCCGGCCCGUUCACCCAGCCGCCGCGGCCCGUGAUCGUGGAGGUCCGGCCGGGCGGCCCCGCGGUGCGCAACACGGCGCUGCCGUGCGGCUGCGGGCUCGGGUGGACGAUGCUCGCCGUGGGCAUCGGAACCUCCAUCUUGACAGGGGUGUUCGGAAUCAUCUGCUGCGGCAUCGGGACCUUCGCGGAGCGCAUCACGAAGGACCCGCGGGAGCGCCAGGGCGCGCGGGCGUCGGCCAUCGGCCUCCUGAUCGGCAUCAUCGCAGUCAUGCUCUUCUUCACGCUGCGGUUCGCAAUCUGA